UUGUUCGUGUUUCUUACGCCUUACUACACCACCACCAUGUCUCGCUCGGUCUUUGCUCGUUCGUACUGUACCUUGUUUCUUCGGGUGCAUCCGUGGCUGUGCAUCCAACCAACUUGAUCCUGGAUCAACUUACAUGGGUUGUUGUCUAGGCUAGCCCUAGCGGUGUUUGUUAUGAGGAUGUCUGCUGGAGAGAUAAUCGACAGUAGUAUUGACGAUAAAGAACAUAUUUGGAAGGACCUGUUUGUAGGGAAAUCUUCUGACUAUUGUGGAUAUGUCCAUUCAAUACAAGAUGCAUAUAGUAUCGUUAGACAUUACGAAAAUGAAAUGAACGCAAAGUUUACUACUCGUUUUUCUAGGCACAACCAAUUUGGGGAAACAGAUCUGCACAAAUCAAGUCACAGGGUUUACUGGGAUUUGUUACAACGACCAACAAAUGCACAAGACAGCGAGCCUGUUAUCUUCUUUUCUGCCUCGGAUGAAAACUGUCCGUAUAUCCAUGUCAAUAGUAAAGACAUGCUCUGUGAAUAUGGGGAAGAUAUGCAAGUGGCUAGGAAGUUAAAAUAUAGAGACAACAUAAGCAAAGUAAAUGAGAU